AUGACCCGAUUUCGAAUUUAGUUACAAGACAUAUUACAACGUGAAGUUAUUAUUUAUUUAUUUAUUUUUGCUUCCAUUAAUUUUGUGAAUAUACAAUGCUUUACAUAUUACCUUGUUUUAAGAGACUUUAUUUUGAAAGUACGUGACGUUUUUAGUUAGUGGCUACAGCGAGAUACGUAGAAGAAGAGUCUGAAAUUGAAACGUAGAAAAAGAAGGAAAGAACGUUAAAAUAUUACUUCUUAUUUUAAGGACUCGCACCCUCCGAAGUGGCACAAGCUCUUACGUUGGUCGGUUAAAAGGAUUAUUGUGGACAACGAUGAUACACUAAUAAACAAUAAAACCAUCAGUCAAGUGCUGACCAUCAUUCGGGGGAGAUGCGACAGUAAGAGCUUCACCUGCACCUGCUUCAAAGAGCUGCUUACGCAAUCUACGGACAGCACGGAGCACGCAGCAGUGAGUCGUAGCAGGUGUAACGGUCAAGAGAGACGGUAAGGACGAAACUACAUGCAAAUGGAUGAUGUGAAGGAAGAAAUAAAAAAGCUACAAACGGAAAUAGAAGAAAGUAGAGGCUUACUUCAUCAAGGAGAAUGCGAAGGCAUAUCAAGGCAGGAAUUAAAGAAGUUAAUUGAAAGCAAAGAAAAACGAAUAGCCGAACUUAAACAUGAAACGAGUGAGAAGGAGGAGGAGCUUUUUUCACCGCGACGUACACAACGUCUUCAUAAACCUACUGAAAGAAUGCAGGAAUAUCAAAUGGAUGAAUUAACUAAAAAAGAAAAACGUUUGCUCAGCCUGUAUGAACAAUGGAAAAUUCUAAUUAGAGCUUCCAGAGAGAAUUUAAAGAGAGACAUAUCAGAGUCUGAACUGGCCACUAUGGCAGAUGAUGUGGAGAAAGGAAUGAAUGAAAUAAUGAAACUUUAUGGAGAAAUAAGAGAAAAAGUUACACCAAGCACUGAACUUAGAAGAAAAAUUGAUGCAUGUGAGGCUGUAACAAAAGACAUUGUAAAAAUAGUUUUAGAGCGUCUAGCAGCAAUAAGUGGAGAUUUUGAUGAAGAAAAUGAAAGGCGCCGUCUCCACCAGCUACUAGCCCAUGACUAUGCUCACUCAAUAUAUGGAACUGCCUCUCAGUCACGAGCUAGUCAUUCCGACUUGAUAAGCGUAGCUGCUAAAAGAGCCGAAGCAGCCGCUGAAUUUGCUGCUAAGGAAGCGCAAUGCAGAGUAAUGCAAGAAGAAAUAAAGCAAAAGGAAAAAAUAAGGUUAAUGGAAGAGCAGCAUAAAAGGGAAUUGGACAUACAGAGGGCUCACUUAGAACGCCUACAAGCAGAAAGAGACAGAGAUGUGGCUCGUGCCAGACUUGAGAUUUAUGAUCGAGAAAUCGAACAGGAAAGUAUGUAUCAGCCUAUACAGCCAGACACCAGACAGCUUACUUUCCACACACAUGCAGAUCCUCAAUCCCUUCACACAGUUAAGCCAGCACCCCUAACUGAUGCCUCCUAUCUGGCUCAAGCAAUUCAAGAGAGCAUAGCCACACACAGACUCCCAAUUCCAACACCUACAGUGUUCAGUGGUGAUCCAAUCCACUACAUUGAAUGGCGAGCCUCAUUCCAGUCGCUCAUUGACCGAAAGAAUAUUUCCUCUGCUGAUAAACUCUAUUACUUAAAAAAAUAUAUCAGCGGCGCAGCUCAAAAAUGUCUUGAAGGCACGUUUUACAGAAGUGAUGAGGAAGCAUACAGAGAUGCUUGGAAUAAGCUUGACCAACGUUAUGGGCAGCCAUUCUUAAUCCAACGAGCUUUUAGAGACAAGCUGUCAAAAUGGCCAAAAAUUCAACCUAAAGAUGCUGAGGGGCUAAGGACAUUUUCUGAUUUUCUGAACGCAUGCUUACAAGCAAUGCCCCACGUGAGAAGCCUAGAAAUAUUAAACGACGGUGAAGAGAAUCAAAAGCUGAUGCUUAAAAUACCAGAUUGGCUGUCGGCUCGUUGGAACCGUCAAGUCACUAAGAUCCUCAUGGAUGGUAGAGAGUUCCCUUCCUUUAAGGAGUUUGCCAACUUCCUGUCUCUGGAAGCAGAGAUCGCGUGUAAUCCUGUCACUUCACUUCAUGCUCUCUACUCAUCUAACAAAAAAAAAGGGGCAAAGGAGUUAAAGGGAAACAAAGCUAACGUUCUCAGCACACAAGUGGCUACAAAUGAUAAUUCGUCAGUUAGCAAUGUAAAGUCAAAACACCCCUGCAUGUGGUGCAAAAAUGACAAACAUCAACUACAUAAAUGUCCAGACUUCAUUGAACAGUCUUUAAAUGAUAAACGGAAAUAUGUGAAGGAAAAAAGGUUAUGUUACGGUUGUCUCAAGCCAGGUCACAAUGCCAAGGAAUGCCGUUACCGUCUUACCUGUGACGUAUGUAAGGGGAGACACCCCACAUGUCUCCAUGAUGACAACUACAAGGCAUGUGAAAGGCGAACUGAGCAACAUUCUACGUUGAACACAGAUUCUAACGCCACAGAAACUACAGAAGCCAAAGCCCUCAAUGUCACUGCAGGAGGACAAUCAUGCAACACCUCCAUGAUUGUUCCUGUUUGGGUGUCUCUGGCCACCAAUCCUUUAAAGGAGAAGCUCGUCUACGCAUUGCUGGACACUCAAAGCGACAGCACAUUCAUCAACAAUGAGGUGAGCAAUGAGCUGCAAGCAAGUAUGCAACCUGUUAAGCUAAAGCUUACCACUAUGCUAGGAGAGAACAUGAUCGUGAAAUGUGAGCGAGUAAUUGGACUCAGAGUGAGAGGCUACCAUUCAGGCAUCCACAUCGACCUUCCUCCUGCAUACACAAAAGACUGUAUUCCAGGCAACCGCAAUCAUAUACCCACUCAUGAAACUGCACAUCGAUGGCCUCACUUAAGUUCCAUUGCUGACAAGGUUCCACCUCUUCUCCCCUGUGACGUUGGACUUCUGAUCGGGUACAAUUGUCCUAGAGCUUUAACACCUAGACAGGUAUUAACAGGAAACGACAGUGAGCCGUAUGCAGUUUGUACGGAUUUAGGUUGGAGCAUUGUGGGCAAAUCAAUGCCAAACUCAGAUGGAGCAGAGACUAGCCUGUGUCAUAAAGUCUCUGUAAAGGAACUUCCUCCAAUAACACCAAUGGAUGUGAUUAGUGCACUAGAGUCAGACUUUAAGGACAUGAAAGGGGAUGACAAAACAGUAUCACAAGAAGACCUUGGUUUCCUGGAAAAACUGAAAGAAGGCAUAAGACAAAAUGAACAGGGACACUACGAAAUGCCAUUACCUUUCAGGCACCGACCACACUUACCUGACAAUAGGAAACUCGCAGAAAUCAGACUUAGUCACCUGCGAAAGAAGUUUUACAGAGAUGAGAAAUAUAAAAGAGACUACACAUUGUACAUAAAAGAAAGCAUAGAAAGAGGUGAGGUAGAAGAGGUGCAAACUGAUGGAAUCCCAGGGGAGCGAUGGUACAUCCCCCAUCAUGGCAUAUACCACCCAAAAAAGCCUGGCAAGCUUCGCGUUGUAUUCGACUGCUCUGCGAAGUAUUGUGGCACAAGCCUCAACGAACAUCUUCUCCCAGGGCCCGAUAUGAUCAAUAACCUCACUGGUGUGCUCCUACGGUUCAGACAGCAUCCAAUUGCACUUAUGUGUGACAUAGAAAAAAUUUUUCAUCAAUUCCAUGUGCCUGAACAGGAUCGUGACUACCUGCGGUUCCUGUGGUGGAAAGACGGAGAUGCCAGCACAGAGCCUCAAGACUACCGAAUGAAGGUCCAUCUAUUUGGCGCAGUGUCAUCCCCUGGUUGCGCAAAUUAUGGGUUGAAGAACCUUGCUAAUGAGAACAGACACUCACACCCAGUUGGGUCACAGUUUGUAGCAAGGGACUUUUAUGUAGACGAUGGCGUGACAAGUGCAGACACGGUUGAAAAGGCCAUUCGAUUGGCGCAAGAGGCAAAAGAGAUAUGUGGCAAAGGGGGGCUCUGUCUCCAUAAAUUCAUAUCAAAUAGUGAAGCUGUUCUACAGAGUAUACCCUCGUCAGAACGGGCCAUGGAAACAAGGACAAAAAAAUUGACUUUCUCAGACACCCAGCUAGAGCGAGCUCUUGGGAUUCACUGGAGCAUUGAAGAUGAUAGUUUUAGAUUCAGCAACACUCUGGCAAACCAGCCAGGGACACGUAGAGGCAUAUUGGCUACAGUCGCCUCCAUAUACGACCCUUUAGGGUUCCUGUCGCCGUACGUCCUUACUGGAAAGAAGAUUUUGCAGGAAAUGUGCCAACAAGGUGUCAGCUGGGACGAACCCCUACCUGAAGCACUGAAGCCACGGUGGGAGAGUUGGCAACAUGACUUUGCAAACCUAGAAAAGAUCCAUAUAGCUCGAUGUUACAUACCUGUUGAUUUCGGAGACGUCAUAGAAAAGGAAUUGCAUCACUUUUCUGAUGCAAGCACAAACGGAUAUGGACAAUGCUCUUAUUUAAGAGUUAAAAAUAGCAAAGGAGAGAUUCACUGCUCUCUGGUGAUGGGGAAAGCUAGAGUUUCUCCAACAAAGUUAACAACAAUACCAAGGCUUGAAUUAACAGCAGCCGUAGUCUCAGUUACUGUCAGCAACUUGCUCAGAGAACAGCUUAGCUGUGCUAAUACAAAGGAGUACUUCUGGACUGACUCCAAAGUAGUGUUAAGCUACAUUAACAACGACUCAAGGCGUUUUCAUACGUUCGUCGCCAACAGGGUCCAGAGGAUCCGCAAUAGCACUAGCCCCCAGCAGUGGCAUUACGUGCCAACAGAUAGGAAUCCAGCUGAUGGAGCUUUACGAGGAAGAACGGUGAAUGAACUGAUCAAAUCAGAAUGGUUUUCCGAUCCCAGGUUCUUGUGGGAAAGUAACAUACCUACACCAGAAGAUGUGACACCAGAUUUGGAGAUAGGAGAUCCAGAGAUCCGAAAGACUCAAACACUGCAGACAUCUGCGUUACUGACAUCAGAACCAGUAAGCAUUGCAGAUCGUCUGUCAAAGUUUUCAUCAUGGUCCCGGGGCAUCAAAGCAGUGGCCCGUCUGAUUAGGAGGGCUAAGCAGAUAAAGUCAAAUGCGCCCUCUACAGUGAGUGAACAAAAAGGCUCAGAAUGUGUCAUAAUUAGAGACCUGCAGAGACAAGCAUAUGAAAAUGAAAUUGAACAAUUAAAGAAAGGAAAACAGUUGACAAAAGGCAACAAACUACAUAACCUGGAUGUCUUUAUUGACACAGACGGCAUUGUGAAGGUGGGAGGAAGACUUCGGCUCUCAUCUCUCUCAGAUUCAUUUAAACAUCCCAUUGUCAUUCCUAAAGACCACCAUGUUACUAAACUAAUAAUAGCACACAGCCAUGAAAUAACCAAGCAUCAAGGCAAAGGCUUCACUGCAAAUGCAAUCAGAUCCAGUGGAUAUUGGAUUCCAGGUAUGAGCAGAGCAGUGUCUUCAUUUAUUCGUCAGUGUGUCAUAUGUCGCAGACUUAGGAGACCAGCAGAAAGCCAGCGAAUGAGUGAUCUGCCGGAGGAACGUAUGGAGCCUUCCCCUCCUUUCACUUAUUGUGGCAUGGACUGUUUUGGUCCCUUCGUCACGACAGAAGGAAGAAAGCAGCAAAAACGGUAUGGGCUUCUCCUCACCUGCUUUUGUUCACGAGCUAUCCAUUUAGAAAUGCUGGAAGACAUGUCCACCGAUGCUUUCAUUAAUGGAUUACGAUGCUUUGUCGCAAUCAGAGGUGCUGUCCGUCAGAUCCAGUGUGAUCAGGGCACCAAUUUUGUUGGAGCCAAGAAUGAGUUCAAAGCAGCCCCCCAAGAGCUUGACACCAACAGAUUAAACACGUUUCUAUCACAAAGGCAAUGUGACUUUGUAAUGAAUGCGCCCCAUUCUAGUCACGCAGGUGGAGUAUGGGAGCGCCAGAUCAAAACAGUCAGAAGUGUCCUCAACUCUACACUGGCACUUUCCUGCAACAGACUCAACGACUCUACACUUCGAACUCUGCUGUAUGAAGUCAUGGCUAUAGUUAACAGUAGACCCCUCACCGUUGAAAAUCUACUCAGUCCAGACAGUCCAGAGCCUUUGACUCCCAAUCACCUCAUACAAAUGAAGACCAGCCCAGCACUGCCUCCACCAGGCAUGUUCCCAAAAGAGGACCUGUACGGCACAAAAAGAUGGAGACGCGUGCAGUAUCUAGCGGAACAUUUCUGGAGCCGCUGGAAAUAAGAAUAUCUUCACAGCAUUAUGACAAGACAGAAAUGGCAUGCACCGAAAAGAAAUCUGAAAGAAGGUGAUGUUGUGAUGGACAUUGAUGAACUAUCACCUAGAGGUGAGUGAAGGCUUGCAAGGAUCACUGAAGCUGUGAAAGGUAAAGAUGGACUUGUAAGAAAGGUGAAAAUCUCUGUUGGAGAUAAGAGACUGAACAAAAAGGGUGAGCGCUUAGGUAAGCCCUCCACACUGGAACGUCCAGUACAGAAGUUGGUACUGUUGUUAGAAGCUCCUUAAGCUGAUGUUAUGUUUAAGCUGAAAAUGAGCAGAAGUUACUGUUAAGAUCAUUUCAAAUGUGAAAAUUAUUUGUAGUUCAUUUAAGUAAUGAAAUAAUUAUAAUUUUGGUGGGAGUGUAAAUGACCCGAUUUCGAAUUUAGUUACAAGACAUAUUACAACGUGAAGUUAUUAUUUAUUUAUUUAUUUAUUUUUGCUUCCAUUAAUUUUGUGAAUAUACAAUGCUUUACAUAUUACCUUGUUUUAAGAGACUUUAUUUUGAAAGUACGUGACGUUUUUAGUUAGUGGCUACAGCGAGAUACGUAGAAGAAGAGUCUGAAAUUGAAACGUAGAAAAAGAAGGAAAGAACGUUAAAAUAUUACUUCUUAUUUUAAGGACUCGCACCCUCCGAAGUGGCACAAGGUUAGUCCUUAUUUGAUAAGACAUGUUUAAUAUGUGUUCAUGUAUUUAGAAAUGCUUGUGAAGAACUUUUUUUUUGUUCGUUAUUAAGUCUCUGUAGCUUAUGUAUAACGGGCGGAUUUUACAUAGUAACGGCCAGUACCGUAAUACAUUUUUUCUUCUGUGCUUUGCCUAGCUCUUACGUUGGUCGGUUAAAAGGAUUAUUGUGGACAACGAUGAUACACUAAUAAACAAUAAAACCAUCAGUCAAGUGCUGACCAUCAUUCGGGGGAGAUGCGACAAAAUAUUU